UCCGUCCUCCGCGGGCCGCCAUGGGCGACUGGAGCUUCCUGGGCGAGUUCCUGGAGGAGGUGCACAAGCACUCCACGGUCAUCGGCAAGGUCUGGCUCACGGUGCUCUUCAUCUUCCGGAUGCUGGUGCUGGGCACGGCGGCCGAGUCCUCCUGGGGUGACGAGCAGGCCGACUUCCAGUGCGACACGAUCCAGCCGGGCUGCGAGAACGUGUGCUACGACCAGGCCUUCCCCAUCUCGCACAUCCGCUUCUGGGUGCUGCAGAUCAUCUUCGUGUCCACGCCGUCGCUGCUGUACAUGGGCCACGCCAUGCACACGGUGCGCGUGCAGGAGAAGCGCCGUCUGCGCGAGGCCGAGCGCGCCCGGGACGUGCGCGCCGCGGGCUACGAGUACCCGGCAGCCGAGAAGCCGGAGCUCAGCUGCUGGGAGGAGGUGAACGGCAGGAUCGUCCUGCAGGGCACGCUGCUCAACACCUACGUCUGCAGCAUCCUCAUCCGCACCACCAUGGAGGUGGCCUUCAUCGUGGGCCAGUACCUGCUCUACGGCAUCUUCCUGGACACCCUGCACGUGUGCCGCCGCAGCCCCUGCCCGCACCCCGUCAACUGCUACGUGUCGCGCCCCACGGAGAAGAACGUGUUCAUCGUGUUCAUGCUGGCCGUGGCCGGCCUGUCCCUCUUCCUCAGCCUGGCCGAGCUCUACCACCUGGGCUGGAAGAGGGUCAGGCAGCGCUUCGUCAAGCGCCCCCAGAGCCUGGCCGAGUGCCCGCUCCCGGGGCCCGCGGCCCGCCUGGGCCAGGGCUGCACGCCGCCCCCCGACUUCAGUCAGUGCCUGGACCACGGCCCCGCGGGCAAGUUCUUCAACCCCUUCAGUAACAAGAUGGCGUCCCAGCAGAACACGCACAACCUGGCCACCGAGCAAGUGAGAGGCCAGGAGCAGGCCCCCGGGGACGGCUUCAUUCACGUCCGCUACGCCCAGAAGCCCGAGGUGCCCAACGGGGGCGCCCCAGACCACCGCCCGCCCCAGGGCUUCGGCGGAGACAAGCGCCGCCUCAGCAAGGCCAGCAGCAAGGCGCGGUCUGACGACCUGUCGGUGUGAGCCCGCGGGGCGGCGGCCGCGGUCCCUGCGGGCCCGCGGGCUCCUGCUCAUGGCCGCUCUCCCGUGGACCCCGU